UUCAGUGUGGCAGCAGAAAGCAGACAGUAAUUCUCACACGAAAAUAUUAAAACAUUCAUGCAGCCGCGCUCCGGCUGUCGUAUCAGACUGUGUGUUAUUGUGUCUGUGGGUAAAAAGCUGUACAACAUAGAGAAUAAUGCAUUCAAAAUUAAAAGAUGGGGUAGAAACAGACUCUAAAAAGUGAAUUCUGUGCAGCACACAGACACAAACACACCAGGAGUACGGUUCUGUCUCCAGGUGAGGUAGCAAACUUUGUGUUUUCUUGGGAGAAGAAUCUAUAGGGUGGAGCUGUUGAGUGUAGGAACAUCCCCUGAGUUUGCUUUGCAGGUACAGACUUAUGCAAGCCACCCUGCAUAUGCACAGAUGGUAUGGAGAGGCUUGACUUGGAGACUGACACUUGGAGGAAGCUGAAGACAUAGACAUCAGUUGUUUCUCAGCGCUGCAUAGUAAUUUCUACACCAGGUCCAACAUUUCCUCAAAGCUUUUAUGAUCAAGUCUGUCAAGAAUGAACAACUUCAAUAAUCAGACCAUUGAAAUGUACUUUUCUUAUUAAAGGCUGCAGAUUAGAGUUUAAUUACUAGUGAAGUAUUUUAAUUUUUUGCGUGACUACAUCCAACCAGGUUUUAUUUUCUUGUAUCGAUAACAUUUUUAAAUGUACGGCUGCAGUUUGUGGGAGCAGUUUAAGCAUGCGGUCGGUGUGGUUUCAGGAGGACAUGUUGUGGAGUCUUUGCGCGGAAAAAACACGCGGCGCGGCUCUUUGUUCAGCGGAGCUGCUGCAAACCCUUUUUUUUUUUUUUUUUUUUUUCAAACGGGAAAUGCGAGGGUUUUACUGAUGUCCCCCCCCCACCGCAUAAGGUCUGCAACGCCUGUCUGACAACUCCCUUUCCCUUUCUCUUCUCCUCCUCAUGCACAGCUCCCCCAUCACCUCCUCCCCAUCCCAGACACCCUCUUUGCCUCCUAUACAUAACAUCCUCAAUGCGCAACGGCGCCAGAUCCAACGGCGCGGUGACCUGCCGCAAAGCACAUAGAGGUGGGCGGACCACCCCACCCCCUCCACCCCAUUCUCCUUUUUAUUUCUGUAUAAAAACUCCUUCAGUCCUACAACCCCAGGGUUCCCUCAGUGUGUGCGGGAGCUGCUGGUUUCCACCCCAUCAUCAUGGAGUUGACAUCAUCUUCCAGUAGAUGACCAUGUGCGCGUUGCCCUUGCACCUUUAAGUGAAUGUUUACAUCCUGGAUGGCUUGUUCUUACAUAAGUCACCAAAAAUAUAAAUAUGCAGCUCCCCGCGCUGCCGCAGCUCUGCAGCGCGUCUGCGUUUAUGCGACUGCAUGCGGCGCAGAGGGUGAGCUGAAUGCUUCCUCCUUCCUGCACAGGAGACGGGCUGGAUGUGGGCCGCCACAUGCUUGCGAACCUGAGACGGAAUGGUACGACGGGAGGGAGGGAGGCUCGUUUUUUGUCUCACUGAGGCAGGAGAGGAGAGGGGGUCGGUGUAAACCAGACUGGGUGGAGCAACGCAUCGGCCCGGCCCCAUCUACCGUGCAGACGGCCGGAGCUCGAUACUGUACCGAGAGUCUGGCGGAUGGAGAGAGAUGGGGGCGGUCUGUGGGAGGGUCUAGCGCAAAGAGGGAAGGAGGAGGGGGUGAGGAGGAGGAGGCGGCACGGGUGCUGUUUCUCCAGUCUCUUUCCCCUGUCUUUGUCUCACACACUCUUUUGUUAGCCAUGCCUAGCCUGCUGGUUCUAGCAGGGAUCAUGGAGAAAAAUGGGGGCUACGGCGGGGAUCUGGCCGGCUCCGGCUUCGGCGGCGAAGGUCUCCUCGUAGCACCCGACGAAGAGGAGGACGACUCCCGUGCCCUCAGGGUCGCGCUCGGCCAGUUGUCGCUGCUGGGGCUCGGGGAAGGCGAGGACGGCGGCGGCGGAGCCCCGACAACAGGAGUGCAGGACCGGAGCAACAAUAACAACAACAACCACCACCACAACCACGCCAACAGCGUCGGGGACGCGGCCAUCCUGCAGGGGAAGAGCAAGUUGUGCGCCCUGUACGAGAGCUCCUCGGCAGAGACGAAAGGACGAGGCUGCAACAUAACAGAAUGCGUCCCGGUGCCCAGCUCCGAACAUGUGGCCGAAAUAGUGGGGAGACAAGGUUGUAAGAUCAAAGCGCUGCGGGCCAAGACCAACACGUACAUCAAGACCCCCGUCAGAGGAGAGGAGCCCGUGUUUUUAAUCACCGGUCGGAAGGAAGAUGUUGCACUGGCCCGUCGUGAAAUCAUCUCUGCUGCAGAGCACUUCUCCAUGCUCCGGGCCUCCCGCAACAAGCUUGGGGUGUCCUUCAGCGGCUCCCCGCCCACGCCUCUGCCGGGUCAGACCACCAUUCAGGUGAGAGUGCCAUAUCGCGUGGUGGGGCUGGUGGUGGGGCCCAAGGGCUCCACCAUCAAACGCAUCCAGCAGCAGACCUGCACGUACAUCGUGACCCCCAGCCGGGACCGCGACCCCGUCUUCGAAAUCACGGGCUCCCCGAGCAAUGCUGAGCGGGCCCGUGAGGAGAUCGAGGCUCACAUCGCCUUCCGGACGGGAGGCCUGCACGACCACAACAACGAGAACGACUGUAUGGGGCCAAAUGGUGGAAGUAGCCCAGCGGGCAGCACUGGUGGUCUGGAGAGCCGGCUACAGCAGGUGUGGGGGCUGCAGGGGGGCCAGCGCAAGCCUCUCACCAGCAGCUACCGCCAGAACUUCUCAGAUGCCAUGGUUGGAGGCGGGAGUGGAGGAGGAGGAGAGGGAGGGGGGAUCUACAACAAGAGCAACUUCUCCACUUCUGGAGAGAAACCUUGCUCGUAUUUUGGAUCUGAGGGCAUCCAGGGCUGGGGGGAUCCUGACUACCCCAAACAGGUGUCCUUUUACACCCAGCAGCGUUCCAAAAGCUUUGGAGGCCUCCCGCUGCCCCUGACCAGACUCUCGCCUGGUUUACCGGAGCCCUGCGGAGGGGGGACCCCCAACAACUCAGUCACCAGCAUCGUAUCAGGCUCGCCUCACGCCCAGGCUCGCCGCGCCCACAGCGAACCUGCAUCGGCCGGAGACGGCUUCCCAGGCCGCCUGCCGGUGCCGGACUCUCCGCCGGCCACCGUGCGGGACUGCAUGACCUGCUUUGAGAGCAAAGUGACGGCUGCCUUGGUGCCCUGUGGUCACAACCUGUUCUGCAUGGAGUGUGCCAUCCGAAUCUGUGAGCUCAACCACCCGGAGUGCCCGGUGUGCCACACCCAGGUCACUCAGGCCAUCCGGAUAUUCUCCUAAAGAACCACAUCCGUUUUUAUUCUUAGUUUCCUCAGUGUUUCUUCAAUAAUUAUUUACUGUUCUUAUGAUUAUUAUUAUUAUUAUUAUAUACAUUUUUGUUUCAGAAAAUUUAAAAACAAUCAAGCAGAUAUUUUAGAAGGCCUGCUUGCUUUACUAAAAAGUAUAAGAAAUAUUUUUAAGUUUUUCUUUUUUAUAUAUAUAUGCAUAUAUAUUUUAUAAAAGUUUUGUUUAUAAGAGAAGUAUAGUACCUUGCAUUUUCAGUUUUUUGACUGCUGCUGUUUUUCAUUCAUGAAUCACAGUGUAGGCAGAGGUAGACAGUAAUGUGAACAUUUUAUUAUUCUUUUUUUUAACCAUAAAGUGGGUUUUAUUGAAGGAAACAUGAUUGUUGAGGAACCCAAUCUGCACUCGACUGACCUAGAAAGUCAUUGUUGUUGUUAGAAGGAAUAAAACAGAAUUUAUUGCACCUUACAAUCAUAUUGGUCUAAAACAGGAUUGUUAAAUUGUACCUUGAGAAAUUUCCAGGAGCAGAUGUGAAGUUAAACUCAACGUUUUCAGUUAAACUGUGAUUGUGGGUUCGUAUAUUUGGUCCAAAAUAUUCUAGCAAAAUGAAAAUGUGUAUAGGUUUGUUCCAGUCGGGAUCCAUACAGGAAGACACGAAACAAAUUUUUAUUGGAUUAGAAAACAGAUUUAAAAGGGAUAGGAUUUUAAUUAUUUAUAGAAACUGCUUACAUUUUAUCGAUAUUAUUCAGAGAGAUAGGACGAGGGUUGUUUUAAAGGUAGGAUUCUCCGUCCACUAGCCAUUGGUGACACUUUGGUCACUGCAGUUUGUUGAAAAGACUCCGUAAUGCUUUGCUGCUCGUGGAACUUGAAAAGCAUGUGGCUCCUCAGUUGGCUUAAAGUGCUGAUUUAAUUUGGGAGGCCAAAAACCUUGGAAUUCAUCCAGUUGGCCCCUUUUCGAUAUUCCCGAAGGACUUGUCUCAAAGCCACCUUAACCACGCUUUAUUGUCUCGUGCGGUCGUUUGGCCGCAUUCGAUUAACAAUGCAGGACAAGGCAGGAGCCCCCUCCUGUUAACAGGCAGUUCUGCCCGUUAACAGGAGAGAAUCCUAGAAUGGACAGAAGAUGAAUAAAACGUGAAAAGCGUCUCCUGAAUCAGCAGCAGAUUAAAGGAGUUGAUACUGUAAAACACAGGACUGGUAAUCCUUUCUUCCCGUCUCCUCUGCUGACAGCGUUCUGUGUGAGCUGCAAGGGGCCCGUCCCCCCGUCCCCCCCUGUAAUUAACAGAGCUGUACAGGAGCAGGUGUUUCAUGGCACACUGUGGCUGUGACCCUGAGUUUGGAGGUCUUGCCUAGCCCCCUUUCUUUCUCUCUUUUCUUAGGGAGUGGCUUUCAUGCCACCCCCUUCCCCCACUGGUCCUGAGCUUAUAGUUGGACCGUUUGCUUUUGAGCCGUAUUGUCUGGGCGCUGGUCAUGGCGUGGGCCACGGAGAGCUUGGACACGGCCUGGAUCCGCUCAUUGAUAAUUAGGCAAAUAGGUUGGUCCAGGUGCGGACCGUGUGGGGAUUCUGCACCCCGAAACACUGAAGGGGGCUGGAUGCAGCUGGGCAAAAAGGACCCCCUCCUUCCCCUCUUCUUUUCCCCCUUUUUCUUGUCCUUUUCUUACCCAAGUAAAGACAGGGGGGCUCUUUUGUCCCAAAACACACAUGCACACACAAGCUCUGAAAGACACUAGCCGAAUUUGGCAGCCGUGAAAUAAAAUGGAGGUUUAGGGGAGACAUACAUAAUCCAGUUACCUGGAAUAUUUAUUCCACAUGUUGAAAAGCAAACCAUUUUGUGAUCAUAUCACACACGGUGCAGUAUUAAUCCCCAACUUUGGGUGCCAUUUGUGGGAUGAGACUUUCCACAAAGGCCCCCCUCUGUGUUUUUACCAUACGGGGCAUCCCAUGGCUGCACCUUCCCCUCAAACGGCAGCCCCCUCGCCUUACUUCUACAAUGAAAUCAGACUAUUGUAAUUGACAGGAAGGCAGAGGAAACGCCCCAUUUAACCAGCACUCAUGCUGAAUCAAAUUACACACCCUCUGCGUCUGUCUUAGCCCCAGCCUGGGGAUUUCGGAGGGCUAGAGCAAUGGAUCAGGGGUGGGGGGGUUGUAGGGAUUAAAGCUGUUGAAUGAUGGGAGUAAGGGAGGAGUAUGCUUUAAGAAAAAAAAAAAAAAGUAAAAAAAAAAAAGGUAAAAAAACAAAAAAGCCUUUGGACCGAGCAGUUCUAUUGAUCAUCCAGGUCUUUGAGGGAGUUUUGGGCUGCUGUCACAUGUGGGCCAUGUGCAGCGGCGACACCAGUGAUCCAACAGGCCUCUCUUCUGUUGCAUUGAUGAAUAAUUUGGGUUUGGACUCAUUUUAACUAAAUAAAUCCAGUCUUCAGGGCCAAACAGGCCCCUUCUCUAAAGAUGUGGGGAUUGCAGUGAAAGCACAGUACUUGCAUAGAAAAGUACUUUGAAAUCUAUCAGAAGGACUGAGGAAUAGUUUUAGGGAUGGAGAAAUUGCACAGUGGUUUGGCCGAAGCUUUCAGCAUCACGAGGCGGUAUGACACCACUCUUUGAACUUAGUAUGUUUUUAGUAGUUUUCUUUUCUGCCUUAAUGUUUUUUAUGGAAUAUUGCCAUUGCUUUGGCUAACAAGGUAGCAACUUUGGCCUUUUGAUACAGUACCACUCCCCAAAUGACAAACUUUGUAAAGAAGUUAUUUUUGAAAAAGAAGAAUGUGAAUCAAAGCGCUCGGGUGGGGAUUAGGGGGAUUCCGGACAUUAGGCUCUUAAAAACACAUGACUUAAAAAAAAAAAAAAAAAAAAAAGAAUAAAGCACCUUAUUAUAAACACGCGCAUCUGAUCAAUACCAAACCGACUGCUGAUGGUGAAAUUUAUCUCACACAAUCUCAAAGACAUGCACAUAAGGAUUCCCUAUCAUUUUUUUUUCUUGUGUGUUCCAGUGAUUCUUGUGCUCAGUAGUGACAAUUUGGGAGAGCUCUAAUUUUUCCCCUUUUCACCUCUGCACUGGUUUAACAAAGAUAUCUUAUUGGAGGUUCUCCCAGUUUAGACGCUGUAAGUUAAGGAGGGUUGUUCUUCAUAUGGAGGCGCUGUUUUGUAAAUAUGGUGUGUGUAUCAGCUAGGAAGAGCCAGAUGCAGGCCCGCCUAAAGUGAGUUUACCAUUAUUUUUACAAUCUCAAAGUGUCAUUGUCAAUGUUUUAGAGUAAAUUAAAAAAACAAAAUAGGGAGAAAAAAAUGUUUAUAUAUGUGCCCUGUCACCCUUUUGACUAUAUUAGUAUAUUAGAUAGAUCCAUACAUGUAAGAAAUAUUAUUUACUAAGUAUGUCAUCCAAAUAUAGAUAAGCAGACACUACUAUAAACGGUAAGAAUGAAUUUUAUGAAGCCACUGAUGUAUCCAGUCUUAGUUAAAUAGGCAAAUAUUUAAGAACUUUAGCCCCUAUAGAAGAAAUCAGUUUUUAUUUAUCAGGAUGGAAAGCAAUAAUGAGUAUACUGGGAGUCAGCUCUUUGAAUAAUGUUCUGUUUAGAACCUGACCUUCGUUCUUCGGAUAAUCCUGUUGGAUUUCUGUCUUUUAGUGACCUUAUGGUGUAGAAUGAAUUAGGAACAGCUUCAGGGUAAGUUUGGGAUUUUUAUCAUAUUUGUAUCAAUCACUUCAGGACUUGAGGCUUUAUUUUUGUUAGAGUUGGAGCAGGUUGCACAGCUUCUGAUGGACGACGACGUCUCCGAGGAUUUGGGCUUAAAAUAAAAUAACGAGUGGGGAACUCGUGUUUGAGUUCCUGCGGUCAUUUAAUCCUUGUUUUGCACCACGUCGAUUUAUUUUUUCUCUGCUUCGACAGAAAAAGGUCAGAUAUAACCAAAGAACAAAAGAGAGCUAACUUAUCACAUCAUUGAACCAAUUUAGCAUAAAAAUCAGAUUUUUCUGUUUAGAGUUUACUGAGCUACGAAAUGAUGGAAUUACUCCCAGAAGUCAAAUGAAUUUGUUCAAAAAGAAACCACGUCACGUUGACGGACACCACUAACGGACUUAUUCUGGCCCAAAGAGAUCGGAUUAGAGAACAUCUCGCUCACUUUUUUUCUACCUGAUCAACUGGAGCAUCAGACGUUUUAAUUAAAAAUGAAACUUGGCUGAGAUGAAAUCUAAACUUCACACCCUUGAGUUUUUAAAAGAGUAAUAAAAUGCUGUAUUUAAUAAAGGCAUAACACGUUCUUAGUUCACCUGCAUGAUACUCAAACUAUUACAAAAGGAAAGAUUUAUCGAGAAAAAACUUCAUAAAAGGAUCCAUCAACCUGAUAUCUAAAGUGUAUAAAAGCUUUAAGACCUUAAAGAGAACAUCAGUUUAAAACCAUAUAUUUACUGUGUCGUUUAACUGACUGAAACAUAGUUUAAGUCCUAAGAUAUAAGUUUCAUUUGUCCAGCUCACCUGAAAUAAGGAAUUCUUGUAGAGCUGCAGAGGGUGGGACAACUCAGCGAUACAUUAUGUUUGUGUUAGUAUUAUUUACUAUAUCAUAUUAAGGUUGCUACUAUAGUAAAAAGUAGAUGUUUUUCUUCUCUUAAUAUCAAAAGGUCUUUAUGCAUUUAUGUAGAUUCCCAUUUAAAGGAGUGAUAGGAAAUCCUUAUUUUCAAAUGGAUGCACUUAAGCAAUUGUACUAACAUGUCAGUCACACAUCGAACAAGCAAUGCAUUGAAUGUAACAAAAAUGGGGGAAAAUGAACUAAUGCACCCUUUUUUAUUUUUGAGCUUUAAGUUAGUUUUUUUGGAAGGAAGUUGCAACAGGUUUUUGAUGUAGUCUAUAUUUGAGUUCUUCCACAUGCAUUUAUAGAAAGUAACUUAAAAAUGAAAAAAAAACAUAUUACAGUUUCUCAGAUCUAUUUUGCUAACAUGGGUUAUUAUUUCCUAGAAAGCAGAGGAAAAAAGUCAGUAUCUGGAUGUUAUUUAUGAAAAAUGAAGCAACAUAUUUAUGAGUAACCUCAAGACAUUUUGUUUUUUAAUUAAAAUGACAAGAAGUUAAUAUAUUUCUAAUCACAGGGAAGUCAGUUUCUACUAAUAACUAAAAUGAGAAAAGAAGUUUUAUUUAUGAAAGUUAUGGAUACUUUUCUCAUGUGCUUCAAGGUGAAUGAAGUACCUGGAACGAGUCUCCCAUAGCUGAAAGUUUAACUUCAGAGGUGCACUACUUCAACAUCAGUGCAUUAACAAUGGAAGAACUACAGAAAAUAACAGAAUAUUUUUAGAAUUUGGAGAUAUUUUAGUCACAGAGCAUCGAUUUGUGCCUCAACUCUAUUUUUUCUUGCAUCAGCACUCUUUGAGCGGUGCUGCUUGCUGUAACCCCCACCCUCCCCCCUUUCGACUGACCCCAUGUUACUGACUGAACGCAUUACUCAUUUCCUCUGUAAUCUAAACUCGCUUUUUCUUAUCAAAAUAUAAAAAGCAAAAAUUGCAAUGCUUGGAAUGAAUGAGGCAGCUGUGACCCUCCGCCCAGCAGGGCCACACACAACUUGUAAACACUUUCAUUCACACAUUUUCUACAUCCACUACUCAGUCUGAUCGAUCGAUAGCAGCGGAGUGUGAUCGGCUUUUAAAAAAGCCUUUUUGAUCGACUUUUCCUGAUGCGUUAAUUAGGUGAAGUGCAAGGGGAGGCAUCAAGGAGGCUCCAGCGCACUGUGUAGAUCUAUGUAACUAGAUGCAAACACACACACACACACACACACAAACACACCAGAUUCAUUGCCGUACUAGCUUGCAUGUAUAUUGUAUGGUCACUUAGACAGGAGAAACGGUGCAGGGGGGCUGCGACGUCAGCACGCUUGGACUGUUUCUUCGCUGUAGAUUUUCAUAGUCGGAGUCUGUUUAGAAAAGCUGAUGUGAGUUUGGAGCCAGAUAGAGACCAUCUCAGUCCCCCACACCAACGUCUUCUCAGUUAGCUGUUUGGGAAAGAGCAUUUUUUACGCUGCAGAUUCGCUUCCAUAUGUAGAAAAGAUGAGACUUUAUGUUCAAAACAAAUCAAAUCUGACCCGAUGGCACCAUUCUCUGCUGCAUGUCAACGGGUGGGGACUGACAUGGUGCUCGCUGGUGAAACUCGACCCUUUUCCAACGAGGCCGAUGCAGUCUGACAGUUUGUCUUCGGUAGCGUUUCCAAUUUUUCCAGCACAGUAGAGGUGUUUCAUACCGGUCUAAUAGUAGUUGUAGUGCAUUAGUGUUUUGGGCCGGCAGCAGCCGGCGCUGGUUUCUGGUUUCUCUGUGAACAGUGAGGGAGGGUCACUGCUGUGGCCCUCGGUGGCGGACCGUUGAUGGACGGGAAAAAGACAAAAAAAAAAAAGGUUCUGAACUCUGUUACAGUGUGCCAUGCCCUCACAAGGCGUGUCAUACUGCAGGUUUAUUUCUUAUAGCACAUGUUUUUUUGUGAAUUACAUUUUUGGAGACAUUUUUAUUAUGAUUAUUAUAAUUAUUAUUGUAUCUGCGCCAUGUUAGUUCUGGUUCUUUGUUAUUUUUUCAAGAUUCAAAAUGUAUUGUAAAUGUUUCUAAUAAAACAAAAAGGAAAUGAUCUCCAGUUUAA